AGGUUUUGAACAAUUCUUGCACGAUCAGUUUGGUCCUAAGAAUCCUGUUCGGUAUUAUACGCACAAAUUGAUGUCUAUUCAGCGGGGAUCUCAUGAAACUGUGUCUGCCUAUUGUUCGCGAUUUCAACGCACAUUAUUACAGUUGCAAAGCUGUCAAGAUUGUGCUCUGCCCGAUUUAACUAUUGUCACUUGGUUUCAGGAAGGUCUUCGCCCAGAGUUUCAAAUGGAAUUAGAGCGUGAUCAGCCGACAAAGUUCGUAGAUGCAGUGCAUAGCGCCGAGAAAGCCGAACGCAUUUCUCAACGAAACCGCAUUCCUGUUGAUGAUGACCAUUGUUUCGUUGUUCGUCAAUCACACCUGCAACCGCGAUCUCGCCCACAACAACAUGUUCCUGACACAAAGCCGCCUACUGCUUCAUCGUUCCAUAGCAACGUGGACGGCGCUCAAUCAACUGAUCGUGAGGUGUUCCAACAGCUGAUCUUGCAGCUGAUCUUGCAGCAGUCACAAAUACUGGCACAACAAGGUGAAUUUUUGAAACUUUUACAACCUCAGUCUUCCUCUUCUCGUAACUCUGCAGCUUCUUCGCCUUCUUCCGGAUUUCGUGCAAAAGAAGCCAACUCACGCCCACCACCUCAAACCACUUCGUCUGCCUAUAAUCAACGCCAAUUGAGAACUACGCCUUCUCAAGUCAAUCGUGGUUUGUCUACUGAACAAUAGCCUACUGCCAAUCAACAGAAAGCUCCUAUCUACACACUUCAGACGACACCUGCUACCUGUCAGCCGCCUACGGUACCUAAGUGUAAGCUUACUAUUGAAGGUGCAGAGCCUAUCACCUGCGUAAUUGUCUCUGGAGCCGUCGUGUCAUUUGUUUCCAGCAAUUUUGUCGGUACUGUACUCUCGGUCAUACCGCCGACCAAACGUUAGAAUCUGAUAGUUAUGUUAUCGCCACCGAUGGUAAUCCUCUCGAUCUUGCGGGCAAGAUUCAUCUAGAUUUGUCUUUCGGUGAUGCUAUCAUUCGACAUCCCUUUCAAAUUGCAAAUGACUUUCCAUUUCCGGUUCUUCUGGGUUCUGAUUUCUUGAGUCGCGUUCGCGCUGUGAUUAGCUAUGCAAACGGCACGAUUACCUUUACAGAGCAUGACUCCGCUGUUCCCUAUUACUUUAUCGAUUUUAGGUGUAUUCACAGAUCAGGAUAGUACCGCUUCAGCUACUGAUCUAAGCAGUUCCGUAGGUCGUGUUUGUGUUCUCACGGUCUCAACUACAUCAUUCGCUAUCUUAAAUCCGAGAACUGUUACACCUUUUGAUUCUACCGAUAGGGAUCUGUCGUUGGAUACAACACCUCCUUGCUCUGACUCGUCUGCUAGCUCAUCUGUUCCGAUUAACGACCGCCUCUCGUCUACACAACGGUCUCGACCUAGUAGGCUUCUUGACGAUUAUUCCGAUGUGUUUGCACAACAUUCGGACGAUCUGGGUCGUACUUCCGUGUUUACACACCACAUCGACACUGGAGAUUAGAACUCUUCUGUUACUUAGAUUUGCUUAGCUGAUGUGUUUUUCUUAUGUUUCACCUAGUCCACUACACUUGUGUUUUGUUUUAGUUUUAGCGGUACAUGAGGACAUGUAACCCUCAGAAGGGGACGUCUGUAGAGAAAUUAGCACCUCCCACUUCCGGUAGUACAUCUACUAUAAAGUCUGUUGUAAUGCAAACACAAGUGUGUGUUCGUUUGGCCUUUGAUCCUCGUGUCUCGAGAGCUUCGCACCCUACAAAACACUCCCUUUUUUACCAGUUUGGCGACCUUGAA